AUUGUGUCACCGCUAACAUGUCAGCAUCAUCACCUUCAUUUCCCUGUCCACCAACUUUUAUUAUAUACCCAACGUACCACAUUAUACCUUCACUACACAAAUCAUGACCUAGCUAGUUCUCACCAUUUCUCUUCUCUUCUUUAAAAAUACAAACUCUAGACACAUAUAAUAUUGAAGCAGGAGAUCAUAAUUAAUUUAAAAAAGAAUGGGAAGAGCACCAUGUUGUGACAAAAUAGGACUCAAGAAAGGAAGAUGGACAGAUGAAGAGGAUGAUAUCUUGACUAAAUACAUUCUUGCUAAUGGCGAAGGAUCAUGGAGAGCACUACCCAAGAAUGCAGGGUUGUUAAGAUGUGGUAAGAGUUGCAGACUGAGAUGGAUUAACUACUUAAGAGCUGAUUUGAAGAGAGGCAAUUUUACUAAACAAGAGGAACAAACCAUUGUUCAGUUGCACACAGCCUUGGGUAAUAGGUGGUCUUUGAUUGCUGCUCAUUUACCAGGAAGAACAGACAACGAGAUCAAGAAUUACUGGAACUCUCAUUUAAGCAGAAAAAUUUACAGCUUUUCCAAAACUGAUUCUUUACCCACAAUCAACUUAGCAAAACUAGUUGAAUCAUGCAAACCUAAAUCAUCAACCACUGAAAAAACAACAUCAAAAUCAACCGUCAAAAAACAAAAACAAGACCGCAAGCCUAAGCGUGCAACUGAGCAUCAAGAACAAGAAAAAACCAGUGAAACAUCCUUAAAACCAUCAAAUGUAAAGCAAAAUAAGGAAAUUCAAGAGAUAUGUUUGGUCCAAAAUGAUCAACCAGAGGCCGAAAACGACGUUUGGGGACCGUAUGAGUGGCUCGACAGUGAAAUAAAUCGUCUUAAAGAUGCCCUAGAAGGUGAAGCUGUGAACAUUUUAAGUAAUGAUGGAGAAAAAAAUGGUGUUCUUGGGACAGGAAAUGAUGAGGCAGUGAUGACGAUGGGUCCAGACAGCGUGGCUACGAGUGACUUAGAGAGAGAAGUGAGCUCUGGUCUGAGCUUUAAUGGGGAAUGUAGUGCAGGAGAGUGGUUUAAUAUUUGUGGGUCAGAAGAAGAACCAGUGAUGAAUUUAGGGUUUGAUGAAGAAGUGUUUAGUUUAAGCUUUGAUUAUUGGGACAACACAAUGGGUUUGGGUUUAGACUUGUGGUGAUCUAUAAGCACAAACUUAAAUUUUGCUGGUUUAAUUAAUUGGUUGAUUCAUUUGUUUGAAGAUAGUUUAAGGGUUUGAAUUGAGGUUUAACCAAUAUUUAGAGAUAGCAAAGUAAAUCUCAUAAUUGGAGCCUACUAGAUUGUAUUUUUGAGUGAUUAGAUUGAUUUUUUUGAGUGAAUUGAUAUUUUAAUAUGAUA